CGUUUGUUUUCCGGCCUCGCUGGUGGAGCCGCAGCAGAAACAGAGGCUUGUGAGUAUCGGUAGGGGGAGAGUGUUCUAGAGCCGUGGACAGGCUGGAUGGGGAGUUUUGGUCAAACGGAGAGUCCAGGAAACUGGAUUCGCCUUCUUCCUGUAGGAGUCGCCGUCAUUACAUUGUUAAUCCCGCUGAGUUCGGGGGGAUUUGAGAAGGUCAGCCCCCUGCUGCUGAACGAGCAGCUGCUCUGGGUCAGCGGCGGCGCUGGAGAAGUGGACACUUACCGGAUCCCCCUGGUGACCUUCACCCCGCAGGGCAGCCUGCUCGCUUUCUGUGAGGCCAGGAAGCACUCCUCCUCGGACAGCGGAGCCAAGUUCAUUGCCACUAGGCGCUCCACAGACAGAGGUGCCACAUGGAGCCCUACCUCCUUCAUUGUGGACGACGGGGAGGUGACCGAUGGGCUGAACCUGGGCUCUGUGGUGGUGGACGAGGAGACGGGCACGGUGUUUGUCAUGUACACGCUGUGCCCUCACUACGUCGGCUGCAGCGUGUCCAGCACCAUGCUGAUUCACAGCGCUGAUGACGGGCUGAGCUGGAGCAGGCCCAGGAACCUGUCCACCGAGCUGGGCACCAAGAUGUUCAUGCCAGGGCCAGGCUACGGCCUCCAGAAGCGCCUCCCCCCGGCUCAGGGCAGGCUGAUAGUGUGUGGUCACGGGACGAUCAGCGGGGACGGGGUGUUCUGUGUGCUCAGCGACGAUCACGGGCAGACCUGGAGAAACGGAGCAGCGCUGAAGAGUAUCCCUUACAACCAGCCGAAACGCGCCGGGGACUUCAACCCAGACGAGUGCCAGCCGGUGGAGAUGCCCGACGGCUCGGUGGUGGUCAACGCCCGCAACCAGAACGCGUACCACUGCCGCUGCCGGCUGCUGGCGCGCAGCGAGGACGGCUGCCAGACGCUGCCCGUGGAGAGCGUGCGCUUCGACGAGACGCUCGUGGACCCCGUGGUGGCGGCCGGAGCCCUGCUCAAGGACGGGGUGCUGUUCUUCACCAACCCCGCCAACCCCCACCAUCGCGUGAACCUGACGCUGCGCUGGUCCUUCACCAACGGCUCGUCCUGGGAGCCCCGGACGCUGCGGCUGUGGCGGGGCCCCAGCGCCUACUCCUCCAUGACGACGCUGCGCGGCCGCGUGGAGGACAGGAAGUACAUCUACGUGGUCUAUGAGAAAGGGCACCGGGACGCCUAUGAGUCCGUCUCCUUUGCCAAGAUCCACCUGUACGGGGGCGUGUAGGGCCCGGCGCGGGCCGCGCUCACUGGAGAGGUCAGGCUGCUGGAGCUCAGCGUCUCGUCGGGGUCUGGUUUGUUUUCGACGCGGAAAGCUUUCAGUUCCCGCUGAGCAACCGGACGGAUGUUUCUGAACUGCUGCUCUAGAACUUCACACAGGAUCCACAAGAACCCACUUAUUCUGGGAUGGGAAAACCUGAUUUAGCCCUGACCCUGUUGCUGUGAUUUUUUUCUCCUCUCUGUUGCUGCCAGCCUUGGCGCAUGAAGGCUUGAGCGCGGGGCAGCAGUCCUGGGCCGUUCUUGGCACGGGCGAACAGGCCUUGGUGAUCAGGGGUUGUACUUGAGCCCUUGCCAGCCUGUGGCUCGCUGUGCCAGGCCUGGCAGGGACGCUGUAGACCAGGGACCAGGUCUGGGGUGUUUCCUUUGUAGCACCGGGGGUGGGUUGUUGUAGUCAACGUCUGAGGUGUUUCCACUGUCCAGCCCCAGGGGGCAGUGGUAGUCUGGGGGUAUUUCCACUUUAGAGCCCCAGAGGGCAGUGUUGUUGCAGACCAGGUCUGGGGUAUUUGUUCUGUCCAGCCCCAGGGGGCAGUGGUAGUCUGGGGGUAUUUCUACUAUAGAGCCCCAGGGGGCAGUGUUGUAGCAGACCAGCUCUGGGGUUUUUCUGCUGUCCAACCCCGGGGGGCAGUGGUAGGCCAGGUCUGGGGUAUUUGUUCUGUCUAGCCCUGGGGGGCAGUGGUAGGCCAGGUCUGGGGUAUUUGUUCUGUCUAGCCCUGGGGGGCAGUGGUAGGCCAGGUCUGGGGUAUUUGUUCUGUCUAGCCCUGGGGGGCAGUGGUAGGCCAGGUCUGGGGUAUUUGUUCUGUCUAGCCCUGGGGGGCAGUGGUAGGCCAGGUCUGGGGUAUUUGUUCUGUCUAGCCCUGGGGGGCAGUGGUAGACCAGGCUGAGCGCUGGCUUCCUGGAGCUGGCAGGGCUCUCCUGUGUGUCUGUGGGCCUGUCUGGGAUGCACGGGUGGGAGUGGGUCAGAGAUUUCUUGAGCUGGGAGCUGACAGAGCAGUGGGACAGAGGGAUACGGUGGACUUGGAGUGUUUGUUCAUGUUCAGAGGGGAAGACAAACUCAGGGAUAAUGGACAUGUUCCUUGCAUGGAACCUAUUUAAUAAUUUUGGGGAAAAAUACUUCCAAGUUCUUGUAUGUAUUUUGUAAAGCAUAAACAUCUUAAUAAAGUACAUAAUAAAUA